GUUAGUUUCCGAGUAUAUAAAACCCCCAAAAAACCAACCCCAGUAACAACCCAUCUUCUCCAUUGAUUUAGUUAGAGUCAAGCUCUAGACAUAGUUUUAUGCUUUGUGGCAAAUGGAGAGGCCGACUUAAAAGGGUUUUCUUAGUUCCAUAAUAUCUGAAUUUUACUUCUGAAUACACAAUUCCCAUUACUCUUUUCUUGAUUCUGCAAUUUUUUUUUUUACCUUGAGUGCACCAUUGUUCUUUCAACAUUUUCUACUGAUCAUUCUAAUUCUCAUUCAGUUCAGAUUCUUUUCCGAACCAAAAUGGAAGAAACACCAGAACAGAAGCAUAGAUGCAGGUUUUGUAACCAGAGUUGCAGUAGUGGGAGGUCAUUGGGAGGUCACAUGCGGGUUCAUUUAGACUUGAUUUCAGCAGAAAAGAAACAGAAAAUUGAAGCUGAAAACAAGAUGGGUUCUGAAGAAGAAGAAGAAGGUGAUAAUCAUUUCGAUAAUUUGAGCAUUUCAGAGCAAUCUGACUGUAGCAUGAGUCAAGAAAAGGGCAAUAAUAUCAGCACUAACGAUGUUGAUGAUAUUGACUCAGUUGGUUAUGGUUUAAGAGAAAAUCCAAGAAAAUCUUGGAGGGUUUCUGAGUUAAAGCUUAGCUCUAUGAAAACGAAAAACCUCUGUAAAGAAUGUGGCAAAGAAUUUUCCUCUACACAAGCUCUAUCAGGUCAUUUAAGGACUCAUUCGAAAAAAGGAACAACUGAAAAAAGUCAUAUUUGUGAGAAAUGUGGUAAAGGUUUUGCUUCAACGAGAGCUCUUUAUGGUCAUAUGAAAGUUCACGUGAAAAGAUCAAGGGAUGAUCAAGAAUCUGAAUCAUCAAAACAAAGUUUGUCUGAUUUUGAGACUGUGUGUCCAAUUCGGAAGAAGAGAUCAAAGAUAAAGUACAAGACUGAUGCAAACCCUGAAUCCUCUUAUGCAAUUAGUGAAGUUGAAGAAACGGAAGAGGCUGCUAAGACUUUGAUGAUGCUUUCUUGUGGUGUGAGAGACUGGGAUGAAUACCUUUCAAUUUCAAAGCCUCUUAAAAAUGAAAAUGUCUCAAUUCCUGAGACUAAGGCUGGCUGUUCUGAUUCUGGCUGUGUUGAUGGUUAUGAAAAGAAGUGUGAAAAUGAGGUAAUAAAUGAUGAAUUUUCAGGCAAGUUGAUGAUGAUCAACACUGAGAUUACAAGGGUCUGUUACUCUACUACCAUACUGGGAUUGGAUAAUGAUCCAAGGUCGGAUCUUGCUUUUCUGAAUUCUUGUUCAGUCAAGAAUGCAGGGGUUGAUUUUCAGGUGCUGAAUCCAGAGAAAAACUUUGUAUCUGAUAUGGUCAAUUCCCAGCUUGAAAGAAUUGAUAAUAGUCCAGUUGAAUUGGGAACAAUUGGAGUAAUGAGGACAAGUCCUGAGCCUAUCAAAAGCAAGGAUCACAAAUGUCCAAUAUGUUUCAAGAUUUUUCCAUCAGGCCAAUCUUUGGGAGGCCACAAAAGGGCUCAUUAUACUGGAUUCAAUGAAAGCAAAACUAAAGAGACUAUGGUGAAAAAAUUGGAGGAUCUUACUGAUAAUCAUAGAAGUUUUGAUUUGAAUAAUCCUGUAAAUGUUGUGGAUGGAGGGGAAAAAGAUGUUGUUGAGCUCAACCUUUGGUGGGUUGGUGGAAGUAGUUGAGAUAAUUCAUUCUGAUUUUCUGUUGAAGAGGUUUUAGAAUUAGAUAAUUCAUGAUUCUUUUGCAUGUUUGAAAUUCAUCAUUGUAAAGAUAGUUCUAUAAUUCUGUAAUAACACAGGAAAGAUUUUGAAUAUCCUGUUUGCUGUAUAAAGCGAUAAACCAUAA